AUGUGGAAAUGUACGAUUUUUCAAAUUUAUGUGGUGUGGUUUGUGAUCGACAAAUGUAAUAGUAUUUCAAGUCCGAUCGCACCAUUCACCAAUUACACACAUUCAAUUGAACUUCAAACAAAUAUAGCUGAUCUUUGGUGGACAACAGACGAUGUUAAAAAAGAGAUUACCUUCGAAUUGCACAUUCGAAGUACAGGAUGGAUUGCAUUAGGAAUUAGUCCAGCUGGUGGUAUGAAUGGAGCAGAUAUUGCUAUAGGAUGGGUUGAUUCUUUGGGUAAAGUUACUAUUCAAGAUCGAUAUGCAUUCGGUAGAUCGAAGCCAAUGAUUGACAACACAACUCAAGACUGGUUUGCUCUUCAAGGUCGUGAACAAAAUGGAUGGACAGCUAUUCAAUUCAAACGUUUAUUUGAUACAUGUGAUUAUAUGGAUUAUCCAAUUAAGUGGGGAACGAAUAAUCUAAUCUUUGCUUAUGGUCUUAUUGAUCCUGAUCCAAGCCGACCUGAUGGUGAUAUUACAUAUCAUGAUACUCGACGAGGUUCUCGUACAAUUCCACUUCACUCAUACAGUGAUCCACCAUCAGAAGACAAAUUCAUCGGUCUAGAUACAUUUGAAUGGCGCUUGAAUAAUUACCUUGUUCCUUCAAAUGACACAACUUAUCAUUGCAAAAUAUACAAAGUACCAAGUGGUUUUACAACAAAACGACAUGCUAUAGCACAUAAAAUUUUAAUUGAUGCAUCUAAUUUGGAUCUUGUACAUCAUUUACUCUUCUAUGAAUGUGAUUCUACUGCUGUCUUUGACGAUACUAAUUUGCCAGAUGGCUUAUGUGAUGAUCUUACAAAUAAAACAGAACUAUGUUCAGCGAAUAUUGCAACUGGUUGGGCUGUAGGUGGAGACUUUAUUUUAGAAUUUCCACAAGAAGCUGGAUAUCCUGUUGGUGGUGAUUUUCCUAUUAAAUACUAUAUGAUUGAAAUGCAUUUUAAUAAUCCACAAUUAAAUUCAGAUCGUCGAGAUAGUUCUGGUAUUCGUUUUUAUCUUAGUAAUCAACUUCGUCAACAUGAUCUUGGCUUUUUAACCUUUGGAGUAUCAUCAAAUCUUAUGGGUCUUGCUAUUCCACCUCAAGUUGAUCAAUUUAUUGUCGACUCAUACUGUUCGUCUAAUGCCACUCAAACUUUUCCAACAUCAGGUAUUACAGUAACAUCUGCAUUUCCACAUACACAUUUGCAAGGUAUUAUUGCUUUUUUGUAUGAUGAAUGGAAUACAUUCAUUAAAUUUUGCUUUCAUAUAGGUAAAACUGUAUGGACAAAAUUGAUUCGUAAUGAAAAGGCUGUCCAGUAUUUAUUUAAUGCUGAUGCGUUCGAUUCUAAUUACCAAUUUCAUAAUCGCCUACCGAAACCUAUUAAACUCUAUCCAGGUGAUGCAUUUGCUACUCGAUGUGUAUAUCAGACCAUGGAUAAGAACGACAUUACAUUAGGUGGUCAAAGGACAAAAGAUGAAAUGUGUUUCAAUAUGUUUAUGUAUUAUCCUCGAAUGAACAAUAUGUAUUUAUGUGCAACAAUUAAUCAUCCUUUAGCAUGGCAAAAAUUAAUGAAUGCAUCGGCGCCACCAAGUUACAGUGUACUAGGACAAUGGUUACGUAAUUUGAAAUGGACACCUGAAUUAGCUGUUCAAUGGCAAGAAUUCUAUAACGAUGCUACGCGUCUACUCUUGUAUGGUCGAUCAGGACAAAUGCAGAGGCAAAUACUUCAAGGUAUUCCAACAUAUAAAGAUUUCCAACCUGAUAUAUGUCGAAAGUCGGCCGGAUAUCAACAAAAAUUGGGCAUUAUCUUAAUAUUUGCUCCUUUUUUAAUGACAAUAUUUUACCUACAAUAA